CUUGCCGACUGUCGCCGUGCGUGCUGGAUGCGUAGUUCGUAUGCCGUGUGGUUCACUGGUUCACCGCACCGCAGGGCAGAGCAGGGGCAGCGAGCAGGUGGGACAUGACGUGACGGAGCUGUCGCGUAGGUAGCCGAGGGUAUAAAUGCAAGUCGCAGCGUGCUGCAGACUCCUUGGCUGGUCUCGGCGCCGCCGUGCCUGGCGAUCGCAGGAGCGUGGUGCUGGCUGGGCUGGACAUGGGGAAAGUCGGGACGGAAGCGUGACACGACCCAACACCGGUGGGCGCGCGGAUGAUUCACCCGUCGUGCGGGUGUCACUCUGCAGCCAGCGGGUCGACGCUACAUCACCAGAUGGUGCGAAGGAGCAUCUGGGUUCGGCGUGGUGUGUGCCAUUUGGUCCUCGACUGUACAAGAUACACGGCGCCUUCAGGCCAGCAAUGCCUCCAAGGGCCUCUACGCUAGAUACUGUCAAUAUAUCAUCAUGUUACAUCCCAGGAACCUACGACCCCAAGGUUGCAGCUUGAAAUGCCGCGAGGCCACUAGCAAGCACGGCUGGACUGGCCGACUUACUCCAGCCAGGUGGGUGAAGGCUUGCCGCCCUUCCAUCGCGGCAGUUGUGAGUCGGUAGUCGUACUCUCGGAAGGUUGCGCCAUUCAGUCAUCCACUGGGGGCGCUGGGGGGGGGGGGGGGGGGCCCACAACCUGGCCCUGGAAACAUUGCUAGCAAUGCCGGCCGGCCACUGAGGCAUCUACCGUCCCAUCAACGUCCGUGGCCAUACGGCAUACCCUAGGCACCGCGAAGAGCCCAGAUGGCUUCCGCCUCGGUCUUGCACCGCGGCCAUUCACAGCCCUGCUAGCUUGCGGUGCCAUGCCUUUUUCGGAGUGGACGUCGAUGGUGGCUUGACGGCAAGCAUCGCUGCCUCUUCCGAGUUCAUCAUCAUUGCUCUCGACAUCACUCUUCGAGAUUGGUGGCACGCCAUGACGGCGUCUCUCGGGCACACCGCCCUGUGCGCCUUUGACGUCUGGGACGACGCCAGGGACUUUCUGGCGGCCGUAUUCGAUCAUGGAACCUGUCCAAAGGAAGAAAGGCAGCGGCUGCUUGACCUGAGCCUGCUUGCCGGGGCCCAGGACUGGCAGGCGUCUGUUGAAUGUGCGUCCACGAUUUGCAGCAGACAUCCGCAUGAUCCCACGAGCCUUCAAGGGAGCGACACCCUUACCUACUUGCCGUUUGCCGUGUUCGAAGCACCGGAGGUUGGCCUUUCUCAACAUAAGCCGUGGCACGAAACCGAUCGCCUCAUCGCAUGCGCCAAGGCGCUGGAAUCGCAACCUUAUAUCCGACCUCCACCAUCACCCCGCGCAUCAUCUGCGGAACAGCGUCAUAUUCGCCGUUCAAAGAAGCAGCCUCCGAAACCAGGGCACACAUCACACUACUGGCUCGAAAGUGACACGCCACAGCUGUGUCCCAACUCAGCACACACACACACCGCACGAGAUCAUGGGAGGACAACUUCUGAAUGGAAGAGACCACGCAAUGUCGCCCAAGCACGGGAAGUUCAGCCCAACAACCUCGGCGGCGGCCAGAACUUGAAUUGUUGGGACACCAGGGACCUUGUCUAUGGCAUAUCGACCGAUGGCUGGUCCGCGCAGGCCAUCACGGGGCAACAUGGGAAGCUCGUGUCCCCGUACUUUGCAGCACAGGGUCAGGGGCCGUCGAAACGUCCCUUGGCAGGCAAGGUGUCGUGUGUCCCGUUUCCGCCUCUCACGGCGAUGGCUUUCGGCAUCGUCCAAGAACGAGUGGCGCAUGAGCCAUUCUGGCUGCUCAUCGCCGUGACGUUCCUGAUUAAGACAAGCGGGCAGCUGGCGAUACCAGCGUUCUACAAGGUGAAGGAGCGCUUUCCCACGCCUCUGCAGCUUGCGAACCCGGCCAAUGGUGAAGAGCUUGGUGUCAUGAUUCGGCACCUGGGCCUCUCGGCCGUCCGAGUUGGCUACAUACAAAAGUACGCAAGGACGUUUCUCGACAACCCGCCACGGCCGGGUGUGCGAUACAAAGUUAGGAACUACGAUAGGCGAGACGUCGGGCGAGCGUUCGAGGGCACCGAGAAGCCUCCGCAGUGGCAGAGCACAAGCCGCCCGCCGCCCGAUGCGGGUGUCGACGAUGCAGACGCGUGGGAGAUUGGGCACAUGACCCAGGGCAAGUACGCCAUUGACAGCUGGCGCAUCUUCUGCCGCGACGCGAUGCUGGGCCGAGCAGAGGACUGGAACGGCAGCGGACGCGAGCCCGAGUUCCAGCCUGAAUGGAUGAGGGUCAUGCCGCAGGACAAGGAGCUCCGGGCGUUUCUAAGAUGGAUGUGGAUGCGUGAGGGAUGGGAGUGGGACCCCGUCACGGGGGAUCGCACCGUCCUGAGUGAAGAGGUGAGAGUCGCUGUGGACCAAGGCAGGGUCGAAUAUGACGAGACGGGAGGGCUGCGCAUUCUAGAGGAGCCUCGCGGCAUCUGAGGCGAACGGCCGAGAUGGGAUGCUGUGGUUCGUACUUUGUACCUACCUAGGUGUAGGUACCUUGGUGGUCUAUACUGUACGGAGAACAUGUCACUUUAUAUAAACAGUUGGACUGGUCCUGGUCUAUGGUGGUCGUCUAGAAAAUCCCCCCCCC